GAGAGUAAAACUAACAAGUGUGUGAGCAACACAACACAACAAAACAAACACACGUACAAAGAGUUGCAUUAUCACAAACACCUAAUCUUCAUGCACCUAACAAUGGCGUCACACUCUCUCAUGUCACCUUCGCCACUCACUUCUCACUCUCUUCUCCGAUCAUCUUUCUCCGGUGUCUCCGUCAAGCUCUCUCCUCAAUUCUCAACCCUUUCGCGUUCCACUUUCAAACCUCUCAGUGUUGUUGCUGCUGCCAAGAAAGCUGUUGCAGUUCUUAAGGGGAAUUCCACCGUUGAAGGUGUUGUUACUCUUACUCAAGAAAACGAAGGUCCAACAACAGUUAAUGUUCGUAUCACUGGCCUUACUCCAGGGCUUCAUGGUUUUCACCUCCACGAGUAUGGUGAUACCACCAAUGGGUGUAUCUCGACAGGACCACAUUUCAAUCCUAACCAGUUGACACACGGUGCUCCUGAAGAUGAAAUCCGUCAUGCGGGUGACCUGGGAAACAUAAUUGCUGAUGCCAACGGCGUUGCAGAGGCAACAAUUGUUGACAAUCAGAUACCACUCACGGGCCCCAAUUCAGUCGUUGGGAGAGCCUUAGUGGUUCAUGAGCUUGAAGAUGAUCUUGGAAAAGGUGGACAUGAACUUAGUUUGAGCACUGGAAAUGCCGGUGGAAGAUUAGCUUGUGGUGUGGUUGGCUUGACUCCAGUAUAAAUGCUACGAAUGCUUUUGUACCAGCCAUGUUGUUUUAUGUGAUUUUUGAUUUCUUCAGUUACCCUGAUUUUAUGAAGCUUGAUGGGCUACUGCCAUUUGCUUGCUUCAGUUAGCAAUGUAAACUAUGAAGCUUAAUGUCCUAGAUGAGUGUGUAAACCGAUCAUGAAAACACAUUAGUCCUGUACCAGAGAGAUUCAUCAUGCAGUCAGGUGUCUCCUCCCUAAUAAAAUUUGAUUUCUGAUGCAAUACUUCUUGCCUGCUUGUGAAAGAACCUACUUGAUAUUAUGUAUUACUUGUAUUCCUAGUUA